CAUUUGACUGAAAGUGACGUUUGUGGCGCCAGAAAUCAAGGAGGAGCGGAGUUCGUUUUCAAAACGAUACGUUAUCGUUCAAAGUACUUGACGUAUUAAAAGCUUAACAAAAACUUUUUAGAAGUUGGUUUGACGGCGUAUGGUCUGGGGGUCUUAAAAGCCUCGUAAAAGAUGGUGAUGUUACGCAGUAACGGUGAUAUGGACUCCAGCUCGGAGUUUCUCUCUCUGAACCCGCCUCAGAGAAAGUCCGCGCGGCUGAAAAAGGCCCACGAUGACAGUUUAACAAGCGCCGAGGACAGUCCGGCUAAUGGAUUUUUGACUGUAAAGGAGGAAAACAACAUGAGGAGCAGAGCUCAAAGAGGAAGACAUAUGGUAACAUUUGCUGAUAUGAAUGGACAAACAAGCAAAUCUCCUCCAAAAGAUGAAAAAAGUGGGAGGCAUUUAAGAAAAUCUCCGAGACUUCAGGCAGAGGGAGAGAGAUCGGCAGAUGAGCACACAGAUGACAUGGAGUCAACUCCCACUUCUCGAAACCUCCGUGCUCGGAUUCAAAGGCAAGAAGAAGACAGUGCUGUGAGACGUAGUUCCAGAAUCACACGAUAUAAACUCGACACUAGGAAACAGUCGGUCCUUUAUGACAGGCUCAUCACAAACACUGCAGAGGCUGUACUUCAGAAGAUGGAUGACAUGCAGAAGAUGCGUCGGAGACUGAGAAGCAGAGACAGUGAGGAGGAGAAUUUGAGAAUUUACUCUGGGACAAAAAGGAAGAGGAUCACAAAACCUUCAGUAAGAGGACAAGAAGAGAGUUCAGACAACCAGGAGAAUGAAUAUAGUGAUCAAGAGGAGGAGGAGGAGGAGGAGGAGGAUGGAGAAGGUGAGGAAGAGGAAAAUGAUGAGGGAGACGAAGAGGAUGAGGAUGAAGACGAAGAAGACAAUGGAAAGCGCUAUGAGUUUAGACAAAGAAAAGCUGUUGUGCGUUACCAGGCGCCUCUUGAUGAGCCAAAAAAGCAGAGCAUAUUUUUUAAGCGCCACUCCACCCCAAUUAGACGGAGAUAUACAUUUAGUACCUCAAGUCCUAGGAGCCUAUACAACAACAGGAGGGGCACCAGUUGUAGCAGAAAUGAGGUUGAUGGGAGAAGACAUGCCAUUCACAGCAGUGACUCCACCUCAUCCUCUUCUUCCGAUGAAGAGAAAUUUGAGAGGCGGAGAAGUAAGAGUCGUAGCAGGUCAAUAAACAGAUGCCUCCCUAUGAAUUUACGGAAGGAGGAUUUGUUGGGAAACCACAAGGACAGGAUUAAAAUUGGCGCAAGUCUUGCAGAUGUUGAUCCAAUGCAAAUUGACCAAACGGUGCGCUUUGAUAGCAUUGGAGGUUUGGGCAAACACAUCUCUGCACUGAAGGAGAUGGUUGUGUUUCCUUUACUCUACCCUGAGGUCUUUGAGAAGUUUAAGAUUCAGCCUCCAAGAGGCUGUCUGUUCUACGGCCCUCCCGGCACAGGAAAGACUUUAGUAGCUCGGGCCCUAGCAAACGAGUGCAGUCAAGGUGAGAGGAAGGUGUCGUUCUUCAUGAGAAAAGGAGCAGACUGCCUCAGCAAAUGGGUGGGCGAGUCUGAGAGACAGCUCCGUCUCCUGUUUGACCAGGUCGCCCACAUGCGUCCAUCAAUCAUUUUCUUUGAUGAAAUUGAUGGUAUCGCACCUGUUCGCUCCAGCCGGCAAGACCAGAUACACAGCUCCAUCGUGUCCACUCUGUUGGCUCUCAUGGAUGGGCUAGACAGCCGUGGUGAGGUGGUUGUUAUUGGAGCCACUAACCGUCUGGACUCCAUCGAUCCUGCACUCAGACGGCCCGGACGUUUUGACAGAGAGUUUCUCUUCAGCCUACCAGACAGAGAGGCUCGCAAAGAUAUUUUGAAGAUUCAUACUAGGCAGUGGGAGCCGCAGCUGUCUGAGGUGUUUCUUGAAGAGUUGGCUGACAAGUGUGUUGGUUAUUGUGGCGCAGACAUCAAAGCUGUGUGUUCAGAAGCAGCUCUGUGUGCCCUGCGUAGACGCUACCCCCAGAUCUAUACGUCCUCCCAGAAACUCCUUCUGGAUGUGGAGUCCAUCAGCGUGAGUGGCCGGGACUUCCUCUCUGCCAUGAGGAAGAUAGUUCCAGCUUCACAGAGGGCGGUGGCCUCUCCAGCUAAAGCACUCACAUCUGUUAUUGAACCCCUGCUAAGCUCUGCCCUCAAUAACGCUAUGGAGAUGCUGCAGAGACUCUUUCCUCAUGUAGAGCAGGGCCUCAAGAAAAAAAGAGAUGCUGAGGGUGUGUCUGGCAUCUUGGAUGAUAUACUACAUAGUGAAGAUGAGGGGUCCUCUGUGUGCAUUACUAAUAAAGCCCAGAAGAACACUGGACCAUCUGCAUCUGCGCUUCAUCUGAGCAGGAGUGCCCUUCAGCAGCCUACCUCAUUCAGACCCAGACUGCUGCUCUGUGGGACAUUAGGUUCUGGUCAGACCUCACACUUGGCUCCUGCUAUUCUCCACACCCUGGAGAAGUUCACAGUUUAUACACUUGACGUUGCUGUGUUGUACGGUGUCAGUUCAGCCACCCCAGAAGAGGCCUGUGCACAGGUUUUCUGUGAGGCGAGGAGAACCGUGCCCAGCAUUCUGUAUAUUCCGCACAUUCAGCGCUGGUGGGACACUGUGAGCUCCACAUUAAAGGCCACAUUCAUCAGUCUUCUGCAGGACAUCCCUUCAUUCUGCCCCUGCCUUCUCCUUGCCACAUGCAGCUUUCCUCACCACACGCUCUAUCCUGAGGUUCAGGACCUUUUCCAUGUUGAGUAUGGAGAGGUGUUCCAUGUUCCACUUCCAUCUCGGGGAGAGAGGCUCCAAUUUUUUGAGGAUCUUAUUUUAAAUCAAGCUUCUAAACCACCGGCAUCUAAGAGAGAUGCAGUCCUCCAGGCACUGGAGGUGUUACCAAUGGCCCCUCCACCACCUCCCCGCCAGCUCUCUGAGCAAGAGAUGCAGAAGCUAGAAGAACAGGAAGAGGACACACUUAGGGAACUCCGCCUCUUCCUGCGGGAUGUCACCAAUCGACUCGCUCAGGACAAACGCUUCAAGGCCUUUACAAAGCCUGUGGACACAGAGGAGGUUCCCGAUUACACUACAGUCAUCAAACAGCCUAUGGACCUCUCCACAGUUCUCUCCAAAAUUGAUUUGCACAAGUACGAAACUGUAGCAGCUUACCUGCAGGAUGUGGAUCUGAUCUGGCAGAAUGCCCUCGAAUACAACCCAGACAGAGACCCUUCAGAUCGGCUCAUUAGACACCGUGCCUGCGCUCUCAAGGACACUGUGCAUGCCAUAAUCAGAGAUGAAUUAGAUGAGGACUUUGAAAAGAUCUGCGUUGAGAUCAAGGAGUCUCGCAUCCGACGAGCCUUUCAGACCACACCGCAGCCGCCCGUCACUCCGAGCGCUGUGGCAACCAGGAAACUUGUGGGAGAGGAGGCGGGAUUAAGCAGUUCUCAGGGUGAUGGAGUGGACAAGCACUGCAGCAAUAACAUAAAGCGCAAGUUGCGGCGGCGUCCUAUUUGGGGACGGGGUAUCAUCAGGAAGAAAAAGAUCUAUAAAAAGGAGGAAGCGGAGGAAGAUGAUGAACCAGAAGAGGAGGAGGGAGCAGACGACUCUGCUGCAAUGGUGCAAGUUGACGCUUGUCUCACCCAGGACGAGUCAUCCUGUGACGCCAUGGAGCUCCAUCCUGAUAAACAACCACUCCAGGCCAACGGACACGUCCUCUCCACGGAGGAAGAGAAUUCCUCUGAGCCAACGGCCACUCAGGACCCUCAGGGCGAGAAAGAGACCAUGAAGGCUCUCUCGGAGGAGGCUUCCAGCAGUAAGGAGGCCGCAACAGUCCCUGCUCCUCAAGAGUGUUUGAAUGGAAAUGAAUCUAUGGACAGCGUGUACAGUGAGGCUCUUGAUAAAGAAACCGAGGUAGACUCUAUUAAUAAAGAUGCACUUGAAGAAGAGCAUAAGGAGCCUUCUGCCUCAGAAUGCAAUGCGGAGGAGAAUGUGACAGCAGUGGAAGGGACGGCAUCUGAUGGCGACCAUGAAACAGAAGGGAGGAAAAAGUCAGACGAGAUGGCCGUUGGACUUGAGGAGACAGUGGAACUUCCGCCACCUCCAGCUCUCGUGGUUGACCAUCAGCGACUCAAGGCUCUGUUGGACAAGGUGGUUGUGAAAAGUGACGGCUUCAGUGUGGAUCACCUGGAGAGAGUUUACUCGGUGCUCAGCCAGUGUAUUUACCAGCACCGCAGAGACUAUGACAAGACCCGUCUGAUAGAGGUUGAGUGACACACACACACAGACAAAUCAAUAAGACGUUUCAUGACUUUAUGGCCCUGGUUUACAAAGAUCUCAUAUGAAGGGUACUAUUUUAUUUUGCAGUUUAUCAGAUUUCAUGUAUAUAUUACAUGGGUGUAUUGCAAGCAAUUUACUCACUCAAGCUUAUCGAUUCUAAAUACACAUAGUUUAGAAAGGGUUUUGUGCAGUAAUAGUUCCACGUGUUAACAGGUUACCCACUUUCACCAAAUAAUAUUUUCUUAACUUUAGUUAUUUGAUCUGAUUUACAAACCCAGGCCACAUUCAUUUUUAUUUUUAGUGCUAAGGUAAAAUAUAUAAAUCCAUCUAUUUUAUAAAAUUUUAUUUUUGUUUUUAGGGUUAGAAUCAGGGUUUCACGACUAUGAGAAAAAUCACAAUUGUUGAUUAUUUCCUUGAAACUGUAAUUUAGAUUAAUAAUUACUAUCACAAUUUACAAUGAAUGAUAUUUAUACCAUUGCUUGAGGCAACCAAAGAAUAACGUGCAUGGA